UGAGACCAAGUCUUGCAUUUAAGGCUUUCCUUUUUUUCCGUGUAUUGCGGUUGGAGUCCAAUAAGUGUACUUAUUUCUUACUCAAAUUAUGAGCCAACGAAUGCAGUGUCUAAUCCUUAGAAUCAAAGUAUUAAAAGAAUAAUAACUCAGCUGUUUCUCUCCUUAUGAUUUACCUUAUACCCGCACUCGACCUUAUGGCAAAAAUUGGCUUCCUCCCCCUUCUUAUGUUUGCGCUGCUAUUUGCAACCUUUGCGGCUAUUUUUUCCUUGAAUUCACCCAACCUUACCUUUGAUCAAUCAGUUCUUCUAGUACUAAAGUCUCGUAUAAGUCAUGAUCCUCACAAUCUCUUAACAAUCAAUUGGUCUACUUCUACUUCAGUUUGCAAUUGGAUUGGUAUCACCUGCGGGUCUAAGCAUCAAAGAGUAGUUGCUCUAAAUUUGUCAAGUAUGGAUCUCACAGGCACCAUCCCAUCUGAAUUGGGAAGUCUAUCUUUCCUUGAGUGGCUCGACAUUCAUCACAAUAGUUUCCAUGACUCUUUACCCAUUGAGUUAACGAAUUUGCAUCGACUGAAAUAUUUAAACUUUGGUAACAACAGUUUCAAUGGAGAAAUGCCAUCAUGGUUUGGUUACUUUGCUAAACUUCAAAGCUUAUAUAUGUAUGGUAACAACUUUACUGGUGUUAUUCCAUCUACUUUAGGCAAUUUGUCAAAACUAGAAAAGUUAAUAUUGUAUAACAACGAUUUCAAAGGGGAGAUUCCUAUAACAAUCGGAAACCUUUCAAACUUGAAAUGGUUAUAUUUGGAUGAUAAUAAUCUUUCAGGCCAUUUACAAUCAGGAGUAUUUGAUAAUCUUUCUAAAUUGCAAGUACUAAGCUUGACUAGGAACCAGAUUUCAGGUAGAAUUCCGAAUAGCUUAUUCAAGUGCAAAGAGUUGACGUAUUUAUCAUUGUAUAACAACUCUAUGGAGAAAAUUGUGCCUAUAGAAAUUGGAAAUUUGACUAUGCUCCAAUAUUUGUAUCUUUCUUACAACCACCUCAAAGGUUCCAUUCCCUCUUCAAUCUUCAACAUUUCUUCAUUGCUACAUAUUGGUCUGGGAUCCAACAACUUCUUCGGUUAUGUCUGGUCAAAUAUGUUUGAUUACCUUCCUCAAUUAUCUUAUCUUGAUUUGGGUGAAUGUCAACUUUCUGGAAGAAUUCCAAUGAGUCUAUUCAAAUGCAAAGAGUUACAAGUCCUAUUUUUGUAUGACAAUCGUUUGGAGGGGUCUGUGCCUUCAGAAAUCACAAAUUUGACUUCACUUGUGCAUUUCUCAAUCGGACGAAACAACAUCUCUGGGCAAUUUCCUAAUCCUACACCUUUGUUGCAUUGGUACGAUGUUUCAGAGAAUAACUUAGUUGGAGAAAUUCCUUCCUCAUUAUGCAAUUUGAGUUCCAUUAUGGGUCUCUAUUUACUGAUGAAUAGUUUCAAUGGAACAAUUCCUGAGUGCCUUGGAAACUUGAGUUCUUCUCUUUUAUACAUUGAGCUACAGAAGAAUAAUUUUCAUGGUAAAUUACCGAAAAAUUUUGCUAAAGGCUGCACAUUACAAAGUAUCCGCAUCAACAACAACCAAUUAGAAGGGUCACUUCCACGAUCUUUGGGUAAUUGCAAAGACUUGAACCUUCUUGAUAUUGGAAACAACUAUUUAAAUGACACUUUUCCGAAUUGGUUGGGAUAUUUGGAUCAAUUGCAAGUUCUUAUCUUGAGAUCAAAUAGAUUCUAUGGUCUAGUUAAUAACUCUGAUGUUAAAGUUUCCUUCUCUCGUUUGCGUUGCAUUGAUCUUUCUCACAAUAACUUCAGUGGCUACUUACCUGUCAAUUUUUUUGAAAAUUUGCAUGCCAUUAGAGAAUGGCAUGAAAAGAAAAGCAAACCAGAGUAUAUGAUAUAUACGGUGUUAAAUGGAAAACAAUAUUAUUUUGUGGAAGGUUUAUCUUUUACAGCAAAAGGGUUGGAAAUGGAGUUUCAGUCACUAUUAACCAGCUGGAUGGUACUUGACUUUUCAAGCAAUCAAUUCUUGGGAGAAAUUCCUAAAAUACUUGGUGAGCUUCAUUCACUUAUAGUCCUAAACCUCUCUCACAAUAGCUUAACAGGUCCUAUCCCAUCGUCAUUAAGUGAUUUGUCAGAGCUUGAAUCAUUAGAUCUCUCAUCAAACAAACUUCAAGGAAGAAUUCCAAUAGAGUUAACAAAUAUUGAAUUUUUAGAGGUGUUGAACCUUUCUCAGAAUGAUCUCAAGGGACCCAUUCCUCAAGGAAAACAGUUUGAUACUUUCACUAAUGAUUCCUAUAUUGGAAACUUGGGCUUAUGCGGGUUGCCAUUAACAAAAAGUUGUAACCAUAAUGAUGAGGACACUUUAGACAAAUUUGAUAGAGAUGAUGAUGAUAAUGAUGAUGAAUUAAAUUGGAAAUUUCCCAUUUUGAUUGGGUACGGAUGUGGGUUGGUGCUGGGGCUGAUCAUGGGAUACAUCGUGAUCACGGUUAGAAAUCCAUGGUGGUUGACAAGGAUUAUUGAGAGAGUUCAACAAGGAUUUGCAAAAAGGUAGAGAAGCGAAACGUUUGGCGGAUUUUUUUACAAAACAAGCUAUGGAGAAAGUAGAACACUUCAUUGCCUGGUGCUAUGCGGGCAUUUUUCUAUAGUUGUUCUAUAUCUAUGUUUUUAUGGUUUGUUGUGUUGUUUGUAUUAUAUUUUCUUGGGACGUCUGUCAUGGUAGUGUUCCAUUGCAUGUUUUUGCUCGUGCACUAUCUAGUAAAUACUAUUAGUCGGCACUUAUUGUUUAUUUCCUUAUCUUUUAAAUAAAAUUAGUACUAACUCAUGCGCAUUGCAUAUGGGUCAUGUAUAUUAUAAUUUAUUCCAAAAGAAUACUAUAUAAUUUGAUUAUAUAUGUGUAAUACCAUUGAAUAGGUUAUUAAUAAGAGAAUCUUGAUUAAAAAGAAAAGAGAA